AUGUCCAUGCGGAAAUCAUCCGCCGUCUCCCUCCUGAGUCCCUGGCUUGGUCGGGGCGAUCGUUUCCGCAAGUGUUCCCUUCGGCGUUGGAUUCCUGCCCUGGUGAUAGCUCUCAGCGCUUUGGCACUCUUUUGGACAUAUGCCGUGCCACAACUUGCAAGAUUUCGAUUCCGCGCCGGGUUGAGCUGGUAUGAUAUGGGAUGGUACGGCUUCGGGCCGUCACGAAACUAUGUCUCCUUCAACGAAGAAUCUCCCGUGAUCGAGAUUACUCCCGCUGGUGCACAUUGCGAUCCACGAUAUACUUUUAUAGCUCCACGAGGCGAUUCCGUUGUCCAUCCCGGUCCAAUGAUCUUAGAUUCCAAGGGCGAGCUUAUAUGGACGAAGCCCAACUGGGGCACAACACAAGAUUUUAAAGUUCAAAGCUAUCAGGGUCAAGAUUAUCUGACUUAUUGGCAAGGAGAUGAGGAAGAUGGUCAUGGCCGUGGAUCGUGGUAUAUGUUGGACUCUUCAUACAAAAUUCGCUAUAUAGUAUCGCCCGCCGGAGAAAUAGAGGGUGAUUUACACGACUUCCAAAUAACAUCCAACAACACGGCUCUUAUAACAGCAUACGAGCCUAUUCCGUAUGAUCUGACAUCCGUCGGUGGGCCCAAACUCGGAUGGCUCUACGACGGUAUUAUCCAGGAGACCAACCUUGAAACUGGAGAGCUUCUCUUCCAGUGGCGCUCAUCCAGCUUCUAUCUCCCUGAGAGCAGUUACGAGCCACUUGGAGAGAAAGGACACGAACGGACACUGGGUUAUGAUUACUUUCAUAUGAACAGUGUCGACAAAGAUAACCACGGCCGCUAUUUGGUAUCUGGACGACACACUCACACGGUCACCUGCGUGGACGGAAUAACUGGUGAGGUUCUUUGGUCAUUGGGAGGCAAGGAGAAUGAAUUUCUCGAUGAAUCGGAUGGGGCUGCAACCCAAUUCGCGUGGCAACACGAUGCUCGUUGGCAAAGCUCCAAUACUUUGACAUUAUUCAAUAACGCAGCCAACCAAGGAUCUGACAGGUCUUCCGUCAGUCAUGGAGUCCUGUUGGAACUUGAUAUACCCUCAAGAAAAGCCAAGGUUUUGACGAGUUACGACCACCCGCAAGAACUCAUGGUCGUAUCCCAGGGAAAUUUACAGGUCCUCGACAAUGGAAACGUUCUUGUCGGGUGGGGCCACAGCGCUGCCUUCACCGAGUUCUCCCCAGAAGGCACAGUGCUAUGUGAUGUUCAUUUCGGCGCAUCGGCCUACUUCACCUUUGGCCGGAUUGUUUCCUAUCGCUCCUUCAAGAGCAACUGGAUCGGUAUGCCUAAUACCGUUCCGGACGCUGCAAUGACGAGAGAAAGUGUUUUUGUGAGCUGGAAUGGCGCAACCGAGGUCGCAACGUGGCGAUUCCAAGCAUGGGAUGGUGCAGACCUAAACAACAUGACAUUCAGCACGAUCAGGGAUAUUUUGCGCUCUGGAUUUGAGACUGAGAUUCCUUUCCCUUCUGACUUCACUUCAUAUUUCCGAGUUGUCGCGCUCAAAUCUGACGGCGCAGUCCUCGGCAUGACGGAAGUUUUGCAGCGUGGUAGUACUGAGGCCAUGGAGAAAAGUCCCACUUUGAAACAUUCCUGGCGUGUUGCAAUCGUGCUGCUUUUUGUCCUUUGUUGUCUGACACUUGGUUUAUAUUUUGCCAUUUCAAGGUUUUCGCGAUACCGAAGAUCCCAGAGAGAUCAGUCAUAUCGACCCCUAGCACAUAAGGAUGAGGAUGAAGAUGACCCGGAGAACGGGAUCGGCCAUCAUUUGCCGAUAUAG